UCUUGCGCUUUAAUUUGGUCACGCGCGGAGCUCCGAGCGAGAUGGAUGGACGACGGCGCCGGCAACGGCGACCACGUCCUGAUGGUGGAGUUGGGCCAGCAGCCGGGCGGCGACAACCCCCCGCAGAAUGCUGGCGGCGGCGGCGGCGGCCCGCACGCACCCAACUUCGACGCGAACGACGCGGGGACGCUGCUGGUGGUGGCGACGCUGAUCACGGCGCUGUCCUACCAGCUGGGGACCAACAUCCCGGGCGGGUACUGGCAGGACGACGGCGCGGGGCACGCCGCCGGCGACCCGAUCAUGCGGGACAAGCACCGGCGGCGGUACUGGCUGUUCAUGGCGGCGAGCUGGGCCGGGUUCGGCAGCUCGAUGCUGCUCACGGUGGGGCUCCUCACGGGGGUGCCCGCCAGGUCCCAGUUCGUCCGGGGCGCGUUCCUGGUGGCCUACUCCAGCCUCGUGCUCACGUUCGUGACGUCGCAGCCGCGCACCUCGCUCGCCAUGGACAUCGCCAUCUGGGUCGGCGUCAUGGCCGCGCUCGCCGUCGUCACCUCGUACCUGCGCCUCGACAGGCUCCCCAGGUGGGCGCAGGCAGCUUUUCGUCAGCUGCUGGGUCGUUAAUCCCACCGUAGCACCGUGAGCUUGUACUAGUAACAGUGUGAUUUUUUUUUCUUUUUUGCCUAAUGUUCUGUUAAAAAGGGUGUGG